UUCUAUGGAGCUGCGUUGCUGGUGGUUAUUUUGAAGGUUUAUAGACUGGUACUGAUGAGGUGCUGCAUUAUGAUCGUCCGGAGAUGAUGUGGAGGCGGUUGAUGAAAUAGUAAUCAUAAUAAUGUCUUGGAUAUCUUAAACGGGAGAAUUUGGUGAAUGUAUGCUGCAUCAGUGUCAUGGAGAAGUUGGUGAAUGUAUGCUACAUCAGUGUCAUGUGUCCAUGAAGAACUAUAGCAUCAUGUGACCUCACAGAAGGUGGCGGUCACUGCGGUUAUACCAGCUAAGUGGCAGAAGGUCUAACUUGCUGUGCGGCAGCUUGAGUGCCAUGAAAACGCGUAACCCAUCUAAAAUGGGAAAGAGCUGUUGUGCGAUUGACUGCAAAAACAGAUUCAGCAAGAACUCUGAGCUGUCGUUUUACAGACUGCCAAAAGUCAAAGAAAAGAGAAACCAGUGGAUCAGUGCACUUCGCAGGAAGAACUGGAAUCCAGGCACCGAAGCGUGGAUUUGCAGCUGCCAUUUUGUAUCGGGGAAGAAGAGCGACGAUCCCCUACACCCUGACUACGUGCCAAGUUUGUUUAGUUUCACAUCCACCACUGCUCGAACUCGGGCCAUCAACAACCUGGAAAGAUAUCUACGAGCUCAAGAAGUUUCAGAGAAAAACACAAGUAGAGCACUAGCUGCUACAGCUCUUCUGAACCUGCAUCAAAUCAAAGAAGAGGGAGUAGAAAGUGUGCAUCAAGUCAAGGAGGAAGAGACUCUGAAUCAAGUCAAAAUUGAGGUCGAGGCUCUGCAGGAUGUUGAAGAGCCCGAGACCGUGCGUUGCAUCAAAGAAGAGGUACUAAAUCUUGAAUUUCAAGACACUGAGGUCCAGACCGAGGAGACGCACAACGACAUCGCCUCAUUACAUCAACAGAUUAAAUCUUUAAACGCUGAAUGUCAGUCACUGCGGAAUAAAGUUCACAAACUAGAAGGCGACUUGAAACGUCGCACUCUCGACACGUCACAAUUUGAUGAUAAUAAAAUGAAAAUCUUCACAGGCUUACCCAAUUUACAGACCUUCAUGUUAUUAUUCAGUUACGUCUCCUCACUUCUUCCUGAUACUGAAAAACAGUCGCUCAAGCCGACUCAAGAGCUACUACUUACGCUGAUGAAGCUGCGCCACAAUCUAUCAGAGAAAUUUUUAGGCCAACUCUUUGCAGUUCAUCAAUCGACAGUAUCAAGAAUCUUUCGCCGUUGGACGCGGGUCAUGGCAAGCAGGCUCCCGGAGGCGGAGUUUCCCUUAUUGAAGGCAGCCAUCUUGCAGCACGUUUCACCAAGCAGUCCGACUGAUGAGGCGUACUCCAGUGGGAAAGUGAUAUCCGUGCAAACCCUGUACAAAACUGUUUGAUCCUUGAACAAGAUCAGCCGGAGGGCGUGUCGGGUUGUGGAUGGUGACUGGACUUUCACAGAAAUGGGGACUUGAAUCGAAAUCUGAGUGUACAUGAGACAGAUUUGGUGCCUUUCCUUUUCCUAACUGUGGUGGGUUUCCCAAAAGCCUCUUAACACUAAAGAGCAUCUUAACUCGGAGUGUUCAUUGUGCUGCUUACUCUACCAUUUUAACAAUCUUUGUGCAUGAUGUUUUUGGGAAACUCUGCACUGUUCUGUACUUAUGUGCGCGCAUGUUUCUCUGGAUACGCAAAAGGGAAACGAUGGUAUGUACAGUGUACAUUGGUUAAUAAAGAUAUAUUUUUGUUAA